AUGGAUAAGAAGAAGCAGAAGCACACAACAGGGAACAAACCAAAACAGCAAUCGACCAUGGAGAAGAAGAAUGAGAAUCACAAGAGCAAGAGCAUUCACGAUAUUUUCCCUCCUGAUCUGAUUCACAGAAUCUUACUUAGGGUUCCGCUCAAACAACUCGGUCGCCUCAAGUGCGUUUCGAAGCUCUGGAACACUCUCAUUUCCGAUCCACACUUUGCGGAAUCGCAUCUUCACCUCUCUGCCGCACCCACCCAUGUAUGCCUCUUCAUAAGUAACUACUCCAAGGCUUGCUCCGUUGACAUUGACGCAGCAUUUCACGACUACAAUUUUGCUAAUGCAGCAAAAGAUGUAUCUCUCCCUUUCAAGAUGAAAAGACGUUAUAAUUUUGAAGUUAUGUGCUCCUGCAGAGGCUUUGUUCUCUUACACGGAGCCCCGCAUUUUUUUGUCGUAUGGAAUCCAGUGACUGGAUCCAGCAAAAGAGUAUCCUACUCUCACAUUGUUUCUCGUUGUAAUCCCGUUUAUCAGUGUUUGUAUGGAUUUGGUUACGAUGCUUCACAGGAUGACUACUUAGUUUUUGUAGCUUCUCAGGAUAAGAAUGGCCAAGACCACUUUGAUUGCUUGUCUUUGAGAACCAAUUCAUCGACUAAUCUUGAUUUUGCACUCUCCAAACCCUUGGGUAGGAGCAACUGGGAAUCUCGUGGGUUCUUCUUGAAUGGCGCUAUUCAUUGGUCGUCUUGCACUCUUAGUGUUAGAGAUUAUAGUAUUCUUAUAUUUGAUUUGAAGGAAAGGAGUUUCUCAACCAUAUCUAUGCCUGAACAAGUGAUGGGUUAUCUCAAUCCCACUCAUCUCGUCCUACUAGGAGGCUGCCUGGCCUUGUAUUCUUAUGAAUGCGAUAAAACUAACAUAUGGGUGAUGAAACAAUACAAAGUGCAGUCCUCUUGGACUUUCUAUCAGAUUUCUCGUAAGACUGUGCCUUUAUACUUAUCCAAUGGUAGUGACAUUGUUGCAUUAGAUUUAGUUUUGGGUACCCGCCUAAGGUUUGCAAAAUAUAAUGCCAAAGGAGAGCUCCUCCAACGCAAAUAUGUUGAUUAUCCUCACUGUUUGUCCAGCAGAAGCUACACUGUAUACACAGAGAGUCUCGCGCCACUCCCUACUGAGAUUAAGGAUAAGGAUAUGGAUAAGAAGAAGAAAAAUGGCCAUCAGAAUCAGAAGGGGGAUGUCAAACAAGGAAAGAGAACUAGGAGCCAAUGACUGAACAUCAGAGACACUUAAUUAUGUUGUAAAUAAAGUGUAGGAUUCGCAAGUUCAGCUGGAAGAAGCUUCUACAGAAUUUUGUUUUAUUUUGCUUUUGCUUUAAAGUAUGAUUUCCCUUCCAACUAUGAAUGUGAAAAACUGGAACAUUUGAAAGUGCAGAUAGAGUUUCCUCUCGUUAAAUCGAAUCACUUAUAUUAUCUGCUUUAUCUUCAUUCACUAUUGCCUUGGUUGAGUUAUCAUGUCUACACAGAAUAUCACACAUCAUUAUAAGAUUUAACAUGUAAACUAAUUGUUAAUUUGUCAAUUCAGUGUGGUCUUUUGUAGUAUUUCAGUAUUUUGUUUGCUGGGACUACAGUUGGGAUGCUUGUGUUUGCUACUUGAAUUUUUCAAUGUUCAUAGAGCAUGUGCUCGUAGGUCUUUCUUUCAUGGACUCAUGGUAGGUUUAUUGAAUCUAAUUAAACAUUACAUGUUGAUAUAAUCACUAUAGUGGUGUAAAUUUUACAUUUU